CACAUAGUGAUGAGCAAACACGCUAAUGAAUUUAUUGACGAAGUUGAGAAACACUUUCAGGGAUGGUGACAGUUUUGGACUGUUGAACAACAAGUCAUCUUUCUUUGCUUUCCGGUUCAAACUUUAAAACAGUUGUGCAAUCAGUCAAAGCGAUUGCCGUGUUGAAACAGGGCAGAUUAGCUUCUCUAAAUACCUCAGAAAAUCAGGAAACUCCCAAAGUUUAUCUAGGGAUUUAUGAUUUACAAUCACUUCUUAUAAAAGUUCAUCUGAUUCUAUGAUGUCAUCUCUAGCACUUUUUCGGAAUCCAUUGCUCAUCCUUCUUAGUAGUUUCUUGGUUCUUGCAGCUGCAGCUCAAGGUGCUUCCCGCAAUGUAAGCGUGGGUGAUUUUCUUACUGCCAAUGAUCAAAACCUUACAUGGCAAUCACCAUCAGAUGAUUUUGAAAUUGGCUUUCGCCAUACUCCAGACCAACAAGAUCGAUUCCUCCUUGCUAUCUGGUUUGCCAACGUACCCGAGAAAACCAUAGUUUGGUCUGCGAAUGGAGACAACCCUGUAGAGAAAGAAUCCAAAGUUAACCUUACCUCAAGUGGUCUAGUGCUCAGUGAUCCCUCUGGCAGAGAGCUUUGGCGGACUAAGAGCAACCAAGAUGGCACUGGAGGAGUAUCCCAUGCAGCCAUGCUGGAUACUGGAAAUUUUGUCAUCACAAGCACGAAUUCAGACAACAUAUGGGAGAGCUUCCAAAAUCCAACAGACACCAUAUUGCCAGGGCAAGAACUAGGAAUAAACAGCACACUUUCAUCGGCCUUCUCUGCAAGAAGCUACAAGAAGGGGAGAUUUCAACUCCGUUUCACCUCUGAAUCUCUAGGCCUCAAUCGAAUAGAUGUCUACACCGGAAGAUCUUUCCAAUUUUAUUUCAACAUCGCAGAUGGUUCUGGAUUGAUCUUCAACAAAUCUGGGCAUAUCCAGAUCAAGAAAUCAAAUGGAAGUGUUGUCCACAUAGCACCAGAAAAUACAGUCCCAAUACAGAAUUUUUACUAUAGGGCUACACUUGACUUUGAUGGGGUUUUCACCCUGUAUUCUCACUCCGGAAAUGGAGAUGAAGGUUGGUCAUCCUUGUGGUAUAUACCUGGAGAUAUCUGCUACAGCUUCACGGGUCCAAAUCCUGGACUUGGAAUUGGGCCUUGUGGUUUCAACAGUAUUUGUCAACAAGACCCAGAUGGAAUGGUUAAUUGCCAGUGCCCACCUGGGUUUUCUUUCCUGGAUGCAGUGAAUAAGCACUUGGGAUGCAAGCCAAAUAACCAAAGCUACCUAGGAGACUGUAACGAAGAAGGCUUUACUAUUGGGGAGGAUAGUUUUGAAUUCAAUUCAAUGCCAUUUGUAGAUUGGCCCUAUGGUGACUACGAACUCCUGCAGCCUGUAAAUGAGACAGAAUGCAGAAGGUCUUGCCUUCUUGACUGUAACUGUGCAGUAGCCAGCUUGGAAGAUCCGUCGCUGAACAAUGGCAUUGGAAACUGUUGGAAGAAGAAACUACCGCUUUCAAAUGGGUGGUACAACAAAAGCAGAAAUGACAGAAUAGUACUUAUCAAGGUACCGAAAUUAGGUGAAUCUCCGUUGCGCCCUCCCAAUCUAAAUCCAGGCAAAAAAAAGCAGAAUCAGGUCGUUCUCAUUCUCUCAGUCCUCUUAGGCACAUCAGCAUUUUUCAACAUCUUUACUUUGAUUGUGGUUUCCUUGCUUCUCUUUUGUUUCUACCAAAGAAAGCUUCAGGAUCUGAAGAGGAUCAAUAGGAAAGGAGAGAUUGAGACAAAUCUGCGUUCCUUCACAUACGAAGAACUCGAAGAUGCCACAAAAGGAUUCAAGGAAGAACUGGGAAAGGGUUCUUUUGGAACUGUUUAUAAAGGAGAAUUGUCCAGGAAUUACGUUGCUGUGAAAAAACUAGACAAGGUUGUUCAGGAAGGGGAAAAGGAAUUCAAGACAGAAGUGAAUGUGAUUGGACAAACUCACCAUCGGAAUCUGGUUAGACUGCUUGGAUACUGUGAUGAGGCUGAGCACCGGCUUCUUGUGUAUGAGUUGAUGCAGAACGGAUCUCUGGCGAGCUUCUUGUUCGGAGUUCUGAGGCCUAGUUGGCAACAGAGACUGCAGAUUGCAUCCGGAAUUGCAAGAGGACUAACAUAUCUGCAUGAAGAAUGCAGCACUCAGAUCAUUCACUGCGACAUAAAGCCUCAGAAUAUUCUCCUAGAUGACUCUUUCACAGCAAAAAUCUCAGAUUUUGGAUUGGCGAAACUUUUGAUUAACAGCAAGAGCCAUACAUUGACAGUCAUCAGGGGAACGAAAGGGUAUGUGGCGCCGGAGUGGUUCAGGAGUACCCCUGUCACGGUGAAGGUAGAUGUGUAUAGCUUCGGAGUUAUGUUGCUGGAGAUCGUUUGUUGCAGAAGAUGUGUUGAGCUUGAGAUGGAGGAGGCAGCAAUCCUGAUAGAAUGGGCAUAUGACUACUACAAUGAAGGCAAUCUAGGGAAGUUGGUGGAAAAUGAUGAAGAAGCAAGAAGUGAUAUGGGGAGGGUGGAGAUGCUGGUGAAGGUGGCAAUGUGGUGUUUGCAAGAUGAGCCAUCACAAAGGCCUAAAAUGAGAACGGUUACCAUGAUGCUUGAAGGUGCUCUCUUGGUUCCUGCUCCUCCAUGUCCUUUCUUAUAUAGUUGCAAGCCUCAAGAUUCAUCCAACAUAAACCCCGAGUUUCCAUGAACGAAAAUUAUAACUAAUAAAGGUAGUUCUUUUAUCAAUAUAUACCUACAUGUGACUUCCAAAUAACGGUAGCACUUCAGGCUUUUUCAGCUUUUCAUGCUCUUGCUCAGCAAAACUGUUAAUGCUCAAAGGUGGAAUGGCAUUUGCAAUAUAACUCUAUGUUAGUGUUUGGUUGUAUUUUUUGUUAGUAUAGUUCUUUUUUUUUUUUUUUAAUUAUUUUAUUAGUAUAGUUCCUUGAAUCAAGGAACCAUGUCUUUAGACAUUUUGUAUAUCAUCAAUGUGUGGUGUUUGAUGGAUUAGGUGGAUUUGUUGGAGCCAUGUCUUUAGAUAUUUUGUAUAUCAUCAAUGUGUUUGAUGGAUUAGGUGGAUUUGUUGGAACCAUGUCUUUAGAUAUUUUGUAUACCAUCAAUGUAUGGUGUUUGAUGGAUUAGAUGGAUUUGUAAGAACAACAUAUCUUUAUGUGUAGCUAUAAUACUUAAGAGGGUUAUAGCUACGUUUUUUAGAGAUUUAGCUACACUUGUUAUGCGUAGCUAUAUGGCGAUUUGAACGUAGUGCCUCUUGUAGCAUGUAGAGGAGAAGUUUGAUGAAAGGAUGCUGUCUGGGCUUAGUUCUUGUCCUGGCAAGAUGGUAUAUGUUGGAUUUUGGAAGCUCUCCCACAUGUCUGAAUUCCUGCUUGUGAUGACAAAGUUUACGGUAACCAGCAUGGCUGCAUUUGAUACUCCUCCAAUGCCAUCUUGGAUACGGUUAGUCCACCAAAGCUCCAUGCCUGAAGGAGCUAUGAGCACUAGACCACUGGAGGUACGUUCAACUCUGGCUUCUAUCUCUACAGGGUUGUCUCCAUUUGUAGUCCAAACUAUGGUUUUUCGGGUAUGUUGGCGAACCAAAUAGCAAGGAGGAAUCGAUCUUGUUGGUCUGGAGCACGGCGAACCCAAGUUCAAAAUCACCGGAUGGUGAUUGACGGAGCCAAUGAAGGACAAGGUGGGGG